CCAUUACGGGUGAGCUUGGAUCUCAGGAGGAUGGCCCGUCCUGCUCCUCCUCCUCCUUGCCGUCAUCAGAGGCCAUUAUAGAAUCCUGUGAAUUGGCAUGUUUCAAGUGGAAGACUUUUUCGGACGAAGAAUACACAGACUGGAAGAAAAUGUCCAAAAAAAACACUGAAAUUCCAUUGCGAUCGUUUUUCUCUAUCCUGAAAAUGAAUCAAUGUCCAAAGACUGUGAGCGACAAGCCGCCGAAGCCAUCACUGCUAUCUCUAGCUGAGGAGAGGUUGGCCAAAAACUUAUGUGCCACCACCUGUGUAUGGAUAGGCGAGCACACUCACUUCGACUGCAUUCCCGGUCUGCUCAAGUGCUACUCCGUGUGGUUCGCCACACGCGACUGGCGUCUCCAGGAGUUUACAUUUGAAGAAAAAAAUGUGCCAGCCCUUGGUUUCGAGAUGCUUUACAAAUGGAUGCGUACCACGGAAGUCCCGGAAUUGAAGAAUGUGGUGCCGACUCUCCAGGCCGCCAAACACCUUAAGGUCGAGAUUUUAUAUGAUGCACUUUGGGCUCGAAUGUGCCACGAAUCGGUGCAGGAGAAAGUAGCCUUCCGGUGCUACCUGCAGGCCCAGAACCUACCUGAGCUUGGAAUACUACGUGAAACUAUGCUUGGAAGGGUGCGCAAUUACUUCCUACCACUGGUGGGCAGUGAGGACUUCAUUGACCUAGAGGUGGGGGUGCUGGAGCAACUAUUGUUGCUGGACUCCCUGGGCGUCAACUCGGAGAUGGAAGUUUUUUUUGCUGUUCUGCGAUGGGUAGGUCAUCGCCCAGAAUUGGUAUCUGAGCGCUUGCCACAUUUGCAACGCUUGAUGGACUGCGUCCGCUUCCCUUAUAUGCCAAUGAAGUUCCUGGUCAGCUUGCGCAACUCCACCGUGCACCCUGACCAGAAGGAGCUCUGUCGGAAAGAUCCGGUGCUUUUGGCUUUCAACAAGGAUCCGAAAACAAUGGAUCGCAUAUCGGACGCCGUGACUUUUAUGGGUUCCCGUUGCCAGCACGAUAUCAAGAAGUUUAUGGAAAUGUGCAGACGCAAGUUUGUCCAGUUGGUGUACCCGCGAAAGUGGCAGUACCACCCCAAGUGCUCCUACCAUGUUCGCCACGAGAAGUCCAGAUUCCCCCACACGCAUCAGUUCACGGCUACUGACUUUGCCGACUAUGUUGAAUCUUUGCAGGAGGAGUGGUCGGGUGACGGACCAGAGGAUUCGGGAAAAUCCCAGAUGGAGGACUUGGAAGUGGAUAUUAUCUUUACAUUGAAAGACGAACAAAGAGGUGGUACAUCGGUGGUAUAAAACCCCGAUGAUACUCCAGCACCUAGCGUGGAUAGAAGGAUAAAAUAGAAUAGAAGGAUAGAAGGAUAUAAUGAUAUCCUUCAAACUUGUUCUUAUUACAAAACUAUCUAUUAUAUUAUCUAUUAAUAUUAUCGAUCAUUGAGGUACACGGCAAUAGCUACCUAUGUAACAAAAUUUAAA